AUGGGUGAGUUUCGUUUCAGAUUUUUCUGUGUCACGAUUCUUGUUUUAAGCAGAACUUUUUUGGGGUAUGGGGGAGGUGAAAGCGGCUGGGGAUUUAACAAUGAACAAUAUUGCCCAUAUUGGCGGGGAUGCGGAAGCUUCUUUGGGGGUGGAGGAGGUGGCGGUGGCGGCGGCGGCGAAGGGAACUCAGUUGGUGGGGUUGGGUCCGGCCAUGGUGAAGGUUAUGGAGGAAGUAAUGGUGGCGGCGGAGGGGGAGGGUCCGGGGGAGGGGCUGGGGGAGGUGGGUCUGGUCAUGGCAGUGGAUAUGGCGCCGGCGGCGGUGUUGGGGCUGGUGGAGGCGGAGGAGGAGGCGGCGGCAGUGGUGGGGGUGGCAAUGGUUACGGCCAAGGAAUGGGCUUCGGAGCAGGGUUUGGCCUCGGCGGAGGAGGUGGUGGCGGCGGAGGAGGCGGCGGCGGCGGCGGUAGUGGUAAUUCUGUUUGGGGAGGGGAGGCGUAUGGUCAUGGAAGUGGGUUUGGGGGAGGUGGUGGUGUAGGUGGCGGUGGAGCUGGAGGCGGCGGCGGCGGUGGAGGAUCAGCAGGUUCCAAUGGUUACGGCAGUGGUUUUGGCGGCGGCGUAGGUAGUGGAGUAGGAGGAGGAGGCGGCGGUGGAGGGGGAGGAGAAAGUAGUUCAAAUGGAGGGGGAGGAUAUGGUAAAGGGGAGGGAGGGGGAUUUGGAGGGUACACAAAUAGCAUUGGCGGCGGCGGCGGCGGGAAUGGAGGAGGACAAGGCAUGGGAAUGGGAUUCGGCAUGGGAAUGGGGUUUGGGAUGGGAAUGGGCUUUGGCAUGGGAAACCAUGGGGCUGAUGAUCAGUCCACUGAUCAUGCUAAAACUACAACUAAAACCUCUACUACUCAACCUUAG